UAACUAAUUUAAAAUCAUAAUUAAUAAAUGUCAUAUUCUGAGUUAUACCGUUUAGUACCCGAUCCGCUGUUCACCGGAUACUCACAACUAUCUUUUUCAUCUAUAAUACUAACUUAUGUAAGAUUUUAUCAAGCUUUAGCAUAUGUAUUAAUUUUACAGCAGGAUACCCGUAAUAGCGGGAAUUACAAGUUAAAAUUUAAUUAUACGAACAAGCUUAUUUGUAUUUGUCAUAGUGCAAUAUAUUAGCGCAGUUUAUCGAUAAGAAAUUGCAAUUUUCCAUUUGCUAGAGUUGCGCAAUUUAUUCAUUUAAUCGUUUAUGUUUCUUGAGCCUAAUUGUGAGUUGUUUGGGCUUUUAGAUACAAAAGUAACUUUAGUAUUUACUUGGAAGAGAGCUUUAUUUAUGAAUAAUUUAAGUUAUUUAAAGUGCGAGUGAAUUGUGUAAAUGAAAAACGUGUAAAGUAAAAGAAUUUAUUUUAAGUGAAUGACGUCAAAAUUCCAGUUAACCGCGAGUCAAUGAUGAACACAAAAAGUAUAUAAAUAAAACACUUUACAGCGCAAGAAGCUAUAAUAGCACAAUUUUCUAGUAGAGAGCAGACAAAUACUCGUGUAAUCGUUCAAUGUCUUCAUAAAGGGCUUCCAUUACGGCGCGCGCGUUGAUGUCUUUUACAAGUGCGGCGGCGGCUGCGUAUGCGACUCAUGCGCAGGUCGCGAUGCCAGCCAUGCCCCGGCAAUUAGGACUGUCAAUAACUGUUUCAGUUUUCACAGCUUAUUACUAACAGCCUAGGCGUUACUAUGGCAACCGGUUGCGUAGGCUUACGGAACCCUGGUCGAUUUCUCUGGUUUCCCAUCAACGUCGAAGUGAUAUCGACCGGGAGACAAUAAAUCCGGUUCUGCUGCAGCGGGUUGCAAUUAAACUAGUGUCGCGACGGGGUUCGCGGACCGUGCGAAAGUGAAGCACGUGGGGGGAGCGGGGCCGCCUGCACAUGCACACAGACUAAAUGCUAUGGUACGCUCAUUUGAAAGCUUCGAUAAAGCUCUACGCUUCGUAGAUCCGUCUUAGUAGUAUACAUUUUGGUACCGUUUUUGUGUGUAUCUUGGUGUAUACUAAUUUCCACUUUUCUCAUGUAGUUUGCUGCAUCAUUGGCUAUACAAAAAAACUUAUAAAAAAUUUUGGGAUUCUUUUUCGAAGAUAUGACGCAUCGACUAUAUUGUCGAUAACGUUUUGGUUUCCAAUCAGAAUCUUGUUGGUUAUAUUGAUACCUAAUUUUUACAAGGUAUUUACGUUUAUAUCAUUGUACAUAUACGUAUGUCGAAGACUCCUCAGUCGCUGGGUCCACUGGCUGUGACUGCUCUGUGGGUGUAGUGAGUCUGCGUGUGUGUCGGCGUGUAGGUGUUCGCGAGUGUAUUCAGUCCGCGCGCGACGGCCGACGCAGACGCACGCGCCGCUGCCGAGAGCCAUGUCGCGCUAGGCGCGCCCCCAUGGUGUACCCCGAGGCGUCCCGCUGGGGCGCGCCAGACGCCGCGCUCGCCCCCCUCUACGAUGACGUCUACAGAGCUGACGGAGUGCUAUCAACAGUGAACGUGGUGGAAGCGCUGCAGGAGUUCUGGCAGGUGAAGGCGGCGCGGGGAGGGGGCGCGGGCGCGGGCGCGGGGGGCGGCGCGCUCGUCAUCUACGAGAGCGUGCCGGCCGCGCACCCGCCCUACGUCUGCUACGUCACGCUGCCCGGAGGAGCCUGCUUUGGUAGCUUUCAGAAUUGCCCGACAAAGGCAGAAGCGCGGCGCAGUGCUGCGAAGAUCGCGCUCAUGAACAGCGUGUUCAACGAGCACGAGUCGCGGCGCAUCUCUGAGCACUUCAUAGAGAAGGCGGUGGCGGAGGCGCGCGCCUCCUUCGCAGGCGACGCCGCCGCGCACCACCAGGACCCCAGCGCGGGGAUCGCAGCUUUCAGGUUCAUGCUAGAAGCAAACAAGGGCCGGACGAUGCUGGAGUUCCAAGAGCUGAUGACGGUGUUCCAGCUGCUGCACUGGAACGGGUCGCUGCGCGCGAUGCGCGAGCGGCAGUGCUCGCGGCAGGAGGUGGUCGCGCACUACUCGGCGCGCGCGCUGGACGACGCCAUGCGCGAGCAGAUGGCGCGCGAGUGGGCGGCGCGCGAGCGGGACGCGGCGGCGGCGGGCGGCGGCGUGCUCCGCGCCGAGCUGGCGCGGGCCGAGCGCGAGCUGCGCGCCGCGCGCCUGGCCGCGCGCGAGCUGCGCUUCCCCAAGGAGAAGCGCGACAUCCUCCACCUGGCCGCGCGCCUCGCGCCGCCGCAGCAGCAACAGUGAUCUCAUCGCGCCUCCUCGCCACACUCACACUUUUGUUAUUUAAGUAUAGGUAUAUAGUCUAAGA